AUGUGCCCUAGUAGACGCGUAGUUGGAAUGCUGCCCCAGAAAGUUAGCGUCGUCUUUAACACAGGCUCUUUCACCCUCAAGUUCACGACGUACAAGUUUAUCCGUGCCAAGAGUUCUACCUUCGUGGAGGGAAACAUGACUGGAGCGGGUGUUGAUCCCGUCAUAAACAGCGACUACGUCCCCACCUUCAGACCGGUGACUAAUAGCAUCACCGUAGGGAACAUCACCACUCAUAAUACGAGCCUCUUCACCAUCAUCGACCAAACGCCGAAGUUCAACCCUCCAUUCUUGUGGUUGGACAUGGGGAGCUUCUGGUCGGUGGUAUCAACGACACCCUGUGUGGAAGUAGGUUUUGAUUACUACUAUUCUUUCGUCACCCGGUUCAAUAUUCGCGAUCUCGUCUACAUUAACUUCGUCGACAACCCCAGUUUUUGGCAGACAGAUAUGUCGAGGAUAUCCAUCAACGAUCAGUCCGUCAGCAUCCUCUAUGCCCCGCUCACCAUCGUCGACUCGGGCACGUCCGGCAUCGUCUUCACGGCGGACGUCGUCGGGUUCAUAAACGCCUUCAUUUCGCCUUUGAUCCAACCUUUUGCCGCGGGGUCUGCGAAAUCGACAGCCCUGACGUCGACCGACAUCAACAGCAACCCGUUCAAAACUUCAACCUCAAGCUCGGGGCUCAACAUCGGCCCAUUCGAGAGCGACCCGUCGACUGCCAGCCUCGGCCCCGCAGGCAGUCAACCUUGCUCCUCGAGCCCGAGCGAAGCCUUCCUCGCCCACCUCGACGGGCCUGGCGCGCGCGAGGUCGUCGUCAAGAUCGUUGAGCAGUACGGCGUGGACGUGCACGCCCUCGUAGAGGCUGGGCCCGCCCCGCCCGGAUACGCCGUACCGCGGGCACCAGCUGGUAGAAAUGCUGGAGCGCGUCGGAGGCAGAGGGGUGCGCGCGCCUGCGAUGCAGUGCGCAGGAAGCUGCAACUGCAUACGACCUUCGCCCGGAAAACGUCUUCGUCUUCGACGGAUGAGAGCGGAUUGGGGCGGAGGACGGGACGGGGAGAGGGGACGGCGGGAGAGAUGCGGUACCCUUAUGACAUCUCGAUGAUGGCAUAUGCGCAUAUUCCGGGAGCGGAGGGAUAUGCGCUCAUCGCACCGGAGCACGGCGAGCAGUGGGUGGCGGCGCUCGCGCCGAAGAGAGGCGAGUGA